AUGGUUGGAGCGGCUGGAGAUGGAGAGGCUGGAGAAGGAGAGGCUGGAGAAGGAGAGGCUGGAGAAGGAGAGGCUGGAGAAGGAGAGGCUGGAGAAGGAAAGGCUGGAGAGGGAGAGGCUGGAGAAGGAAAGGCUGGAGAGGGAGAGGCUGGAGAGGGAGAGGCUGGAGAGGAGAUAGACAUCAACCUUGUCAAAUGGGAGGACGAUACUUGGAAAUACCUAACACCACUCGCAGUCGAUCCAAAGGAUCCGUCUAACAUCGAACGGUUGAUCAACGAUUACAUGACAAGAGGAAUCAGGGCUUUCAACACAUAUAUGCGAAUGAUUAGCCCCGAGGAAUGCUUUCAGAUAGUUGUCAAUAAUAGGACACACACAAUCCUCCUUAUUGCAGAAGACGAGCUUGCUAUUGAUAGGAUGCAUGAAUCUGUAGCGAAGCUCCACACGGAUGCAACCAAGAGAGUCAUCAGUUUGAAACGCAAGGCCACCGAAGAUCUGUCUCACACUUACCAUGCACGGAAGAUGGUUGUCACCACCGAUGGGAAUGAGCUACCGUAA